AUGAAUGUAACCUCUGAAUUCAUCUCCAUAGGUGGCAACAGGAACCCUGCGGCUGCUGACUGGGACGAGGCCGGCCUGCAACUGUUGGCUUUUGGUGCAGACAAUUGCGUUGCGCUCUGGGAUCCCCAGGCCAUCUUGAACGGACAUACAAAGGCUGUUAAUGCGGUCAAGUUUUUUCCUACACAGUCGCCGCAUGUUUCCGUUUUACUCAGUGGGGCAGCCGACAACACCAUUCGCAUAUGGCGAGGUCGACGGGAGGAAAGGUUCGAGUGUGUGAAGACUAUAUCUGAACACUCACAACCUGUGACGCGAGUGGCUGUACUUUCAGGAUCAGACAUUUUCGCCACCGGAUCUAGCGAUGGAACAGUAAAAAUCUGGAAACUCAUCCACGAUGCUGACUUUGCCUCGAUUGAUGCCGAACUCGUACAGACGAUUGUUCUUUCGCCUAAGUACUUUCCUCUGAAUCUGGCACUUGCGAAACUAGACGAGGUAUCUACUGUUCUAGCUGUCGCGGGUACUCGAAGCACAAUUCAGAUCUUUGUGUCUCAAGAUUCUCAGUUUCAGCUAUCGGCAACCCUCACUGGUCACGAAGGAUGGAUCCGCGCUCUUGCUUUCACCAGAGAAACAUUGGAUGCCGACAGUGACCUGCUGCUAGCAUCUGCUAGUCAAGACAAGUACAUUCGUCUUUGGCGACUCCAUCGAGGCGAUGAACUCCCCGCUGCCAGCGGAGCCCUCAACGACCCAGCUCUAGGAGGCCUAGGCAAAUCGUUAUCGAACAAGGCACAUUGGAUCAGCUCGGCUACAUCCAAGUACUCCAUCACUUUCGAAGCACUGCUCCUGGGACACGAAGAUUGGAUCUACCAGGCCGCAUGGCGACAUCGCGACGGGAAACUACAGCUCCUCACGACUUCCGAAGACAACUCCCUUGCGAUAUGGGAAUCUGAUCCCAACUCCGGCGUGUGGGUAUGUAUCACACGACUGGGCGAGAUUAGUGCGCAAAAGGGGUCUACAAGUGCCACGGGUAGCGCAGGAGGAUUCUGGAUAGGGUUAUGGUCACCAAAUGGCAACACGGUAGUAUCACUAGGUCGCACGGGUAGCUGGCGUAAAUGGGCAUACUCCGCGACCGAAGACAUGUGGACACAACAAGUAGCCAUCACGGGUCACGUAAGAGAAGUCAAAGGAGUAUCCUGGUCCAGAGACGGCGCAUACCUCCUUACCACCAGCUCCGACCAAACCUCGCGACUCUUCUCGCAGUGGAAACGAGACGACGACUCCUCUGGCCAAAACACAUCCUGGCAUGAGUUCUCCCGCCCCCAAAUCCACGGCUACGACCUCAACUGCAUCGACGCAAUUUCAAAUACGCAAUUCAUAUCCGGCGCAGACGAAAAGCUCCUCCGCGUCUUCGACGAACCAAAAGGUGUGGCGGAAAUGCUGCAGAAACUCUGCGCUAUCAAGACCAACUCUUCCACCACUGCCAACCUCCCCGACGCAGCAAACAUCCCCGUCCUAGGUCUCUCCAACAAAGCCAUCCAAGCCAUCCCCGACGCCGACGCCGCUGCAGCACUCGAAAACGGCGAUAACCCAGACAACAACGACGACGACGACGGUAACGCCCACGACCCCAGCAGCACAAUCCUCAAAUCCACCCUCGACUUCGCCCACCCCCCCUUCGAAGACCACCUAGCCCGCCACCUCCUCUGGCCCGAGACGGAAAAACUCUACGGCCACGGCUACGAAAUCUCCGCCGUAGCUGUAAGUAACAACGGCGCUCUCGUCGCCACGGCCUGCCGCGCUAGUUCACUCGACCACGCUGUUAUACGGCUGUACGACACGACGGACUGGCUUGAAGUGAAACCCGCACUAAAGGCGCAUUCGCUUACCGUCACCGCGCUGGCGUUCUCACCUGAUGAUGCGUUUUUGUUGAGUGUGGGAAGGGAUAGACAGUGGGUUGUUUGGGAGAAGGAGAAGAGUCCCGCUGAGCAGACGGGGUUGUACAACCUCAAGCAUUCCAACCCAAAGGGGCAUUCGAGGAUGAUUCUCGGUGCAGCGUGGACGCCCUUGGCGACACCAACGUUUCUAACAUCCGGCCGCGAUAAAAAGGUGCAGAUAUGGCAGAUUGGUGACGGUACCGACGGCAUGGUGGUGGAGAUGAAGGGUAGUGUUUCUACCACUGCGGCUGUGACGGCUGUUGCUUGUAGUAAUAUUGUCACGGACGACGGGAAGAUUCUUUUUGCGUACGGCCUAGAAAACGGGGAGGUUGGGCUUGUGAAAGCGAAGGUGGAGGCGCUGGAUCAGGUGGAGGUUUUUACGGUCGAGCAGGAGGUGGCGCCCGCGAAGACGGUGAAUCAGAUUGUUUGGAGGCCGGGAGGAAUGGGGGAGGGGGAAAGGGUGAAGCGGCAGUUUGCGGUUGCUAGUGAUGAUUCUUCUGUGAGGGUUUAUGGUGUUGUGGAUGGGUGA